AGCAUGGAUUUAUCAGGACUAAGAGACAAGGCAGCCCAGACGAGAGGAGCUGUCUUCUCCCACAGCCAAUGAACAAUGGCAGAUACUCACCCAACAUCAAGAGAUGUCCUCCCCACGUAUCCAACGCCGCUUGCAGGAUAGUCCCCGGGACCCCAGUACCCUCGGGGUGGGAUCUCUACUACGGAUGUGAUGAUGGGUUCGUCCUCAACUCUACCGAUACUGUGUCCUUCUGUACGGAUGGGAACUGGUCUCCGUCCUUGCCAGAGUGUAUAGCUGGAUUGCCUUGUUUUCCAUUGAAGUCUCAGUACCUCAACAUCCAGUGUUCGUUCCAAGGCAAGGUAGUGUCUUGUGACCAGUUCAUGAAGCCAGGAACGAUAGCAUCGCCGAAGUGUAAGAGCAACUACAAGCCUGCCUACCAAAUACCAUACUCUUACAUUACCUGCCUCAACGAUGGGUAUUGGGACUACCCGUUGUUCUACUGCACUCCAGAAAAGCUGUGCCCCCCACUGAAGGCGCCGAACAAUAUUAAGGUUCAGUACAUCUACCAAGACAAAGUCGUUAGAGACGAUCCGUUGAAGCCCGGUACCAUCGCAAUCCCCAGAUGCAAACACAACUACAGACCUGCUUACGACCCGGGGUACACCAACUUGACUUGUCUUAACAGUGGCUCAUGGGACCAACAGCUGUUCUAUUGCACUGCAGUGUGUGGUGCGUCGAACGAGGUCGGCCAACUGACUCCGCUGAUCGUGGAUGGAGUACAGGCCAAUGUUGGUGCCUUCCCUUGGCAUGCAGGUCUCUAUUCUCGUAAUGUAGUGGAAGGGAGAGAGACAUGGGACCAAAUAUGUGGUGGUAGUUUGAUAAACGACCAGUUUGUGUUAACAGCGGCUCAUUGCGUGGAAGACGUUCGAAAUGUGGCCGAUCUACGAGUGGCUUUGGGCAAAUAUUUUAGGUCAUGGGAUAUACAUGAGCACACUGAAGAAAAACGCAAUGUUUCGAUGAUAAAAUUCCCUAGGGAAUACAGCCAGAAAACAUAUCUUUUCGACAUUGCGCUUUUGAUGCUGGAUGUGAAAAUUAAGGCAGGAGAGUUCAUAAUGCCAGUCUGUCAUGGAUUUUUAGAUGGUUCAAACUACAUAAAAGACAAGAAUUUGUUUGUUGUAGGUUGGGGAAAGAAGGAAAACCAGAUGAGUAGUGAAACCCUUCUGUACAACGAUGUUACUCCGGUCCCGUCGUAUGACUGCAAUCAGCGAGCCCCUUCUCUUUGGCCAAUCUUCGACAAGUUCUGUGCCAGCAAAAACAGUUCAGCAUUAUCAAUCGCUCAACAAGGCGAUAGUGGUGGGGGAGUUACGGCUGUCUACGAAGGACUUCACUAUCUCUUUGGCUUGGUCAGCAUAAGAUUUGGAAAGACAACGUACUUCUCCAAUAUCACAUGGCCCUUCAACAUGAUAUGGAUGGAAGGCGAAAUAAAAAAGCAUUACCCAAGCUUUACGUGGGUUGAACAUGAAUUUUUAGACAAUCCUGAUCAACCAAGGCCUAAAAGUUGUAUGCUGCCAAGAGACUCUGACAACAGGAAGUUUUGUUCCUUGGCAGAACAUUGUGACAGCUGUGACGCAAGAUGCAUUAUUCCGGCGGGAUCACAGGCUACUAGAGUCAGAGUCGUCUGCAACCCAGGCUACAGUCUGAGAGGAGCUGUUGGUGACGUGUACAGUGGAGGAGACGUAGCUACAUGUCUGUCAGGAGGCUCCUGGUACCCUCGCAUACCGGAGUGUAUAAAGGUGACUGGGAAGAAAUACAUUGCAGGCGAUCCAUGGAAAAACGUAAGUAAUUUUUCUACGGCAAUUUUAUUCAUGUCUACAUGGAAACGUGGUGAAGAUUCCAGGUCUAUUUGGAUCGGUCUGGCGGACGAGGCUUGGGUGGACGAUGUUUGGUUAGACACUAAUUGGUAUCUAAGGUUUGUUUGGGUCGACGAUCAGCCAUUGAGGAAUGCUGAUAUCAGGCCCUGGCGGGAAGGAGAACCUAACAACCACGAAUGGUACGAGAAUUGUGUACAAGCAGAAACGGAAAAUGACAGAGACCCAAACACCACAUAUAAGUGGAACGACGUUUCCUGCUACAAUAGGAACUUCUAUAUAUGCAGUAAAGGUAAAUAG